AUGGCAACGGGAGCGUGUUUUGCAUUAUUUGGCCCGGCACUUGCUGAGUAUAUCUUUGGCAUUCCGACCCGAGUGGGGCAGGGGGAGGAUUGCCCUGAGCUGAUCAACUUGCCAGUCGGGACCACCAUUUCGGCGUUGGCUUACAGGGAGAAGUUCUUUCAGCUGGAGUUUGAUUUUCUGUGGUUCGAAAAAUUCCGGCUGCAUCCGCGUGAACAAAUGUUCUGGUGGCGUAUCAUCCGCGGUGCCAUCCCGACCAAUUCCUGGCUCUUCCGGUGGGGGCUUGUGGAUCUCCCAAGCUGCCCGUGGGGGUGCAAUUGUGAGGAGACGGUGCUGCACCUCACUGCUCAUUGCGGGAUGCUCAUUUCGACCCAUGAGGUGCUUGCCAAGUGGGGCUUUGCCUUGCCGAUGUUCCAGAAUUGGGAGGAUAUGUUGAAUGGCCUUUCUCUCUCGGCCAAGAUGAAUGCGAGUGUUGGAAGACUCUAUUGUUAUGUGGUUUAUCAAGUUUGGCGGGCCCGUAACGACAAAGUGCACGGGCAGGCGUUUGGCACGCCUUCGGUGCUUGCGGCUAAUGCCUUGGCCAUGCUUCCGAGAUGUUUUGCGAUGCCGGCCUGGGAGCAAUGGUGCACCUUCCAGCCCUUUAGGAUGUCGUCUUCCACUCAUUGGUGCACCCCCCCUGGGUGGGUAAAGUUCAACAUUGAUGCUUCGGUCCGUCCCAAUUCUGUGGCCGGUCUGGGUGUUGUGGCUCGGGACCAUGAUGGCAAGCUGCUUCUUGCCGUCGGGAGCCUGGUGGAGCAAUGGGAUGUUACGAGGGCUGAAAUUCUUGCGGCCAUUGCUAUCCGGGGUGCUGUUGAAGAUUGGAUGUUCAAUAUUGAUGGGAUUAUUAUUGAGGGAGAUUGCCGCAAUGCGAUUAAGUGGCUCCAAGGGGCUUUCAACCGCCUGAAUAAGCUCCAUCUGAGGACUGAAGGGCCGGACCUCUCCUUCCUGCUGGAUUUUCGCCAGGUGUUGUUCUCUAAUGUCCCUCGUCAAUGUAAUCGGCCGGCCAACUUCUGUGCUAAUUAUGCCUAUUUUGGCAAUUUUAUGUGGAAGGAUUGUGAUGAUAGAAAUGUACCCCCCUCCUUUUUGUCUCUUUUGAGGGGUGAUAGUGACCAAGCCUAG